GUUCUCUCGGGCGAUUUCUGUCAGCUUCCACCGGUUCCUGACAAGAGCGGGACGGGCGCACAAAUCCCGGCUACGUUUGCGUUCGACGCCGAGUCGUGGUCACGUUGUGUCGGCCCUCCCGUCAUACUGACACGUGUCUUCCGGCAGAAGGAUCAAACUUUCGUCGAUAUGCUAAACGCGAUGCGUUUUGGACGCCUCGACCCGAAGACGACAAACGCAUUCCGGAACCUUUCGCGACAGGUCCGAUACGACGAUGGCAUCGAGCCAACAGAACUUUAUCCCACACGCGCGGAAGUCGAGGGCGCCAACAGCUCGCGCCUGCGCAAGCUCCCCGGGCCAGACAUGGUUUUCCACUCCAGGGACCUCCCGGGCCGGGAUGAGGAGGGGAAGCCCUUCCAUCCCGAGCGCGUU